CCCACUUCCAUACCCAACCCCAUAACCCCCCUUAAGUUUCUCAUUUUGCACCAUUUCCCAGUGUGCUCGUGUGCCUAAAAUUUUAUAUUUCUCUGUGCCUAACAUAACAUACAGACACACACCCUCUCUCUCUCAUUCUCUUUCUUUCUUUGAUUUUCUCUCUCUGUUUUCUACCAUGGCAUCUGGGACUGGGGCUGGAACUGGCUCGCCUUGCGGGGCAUGCAAGUUUCUUAGGCGAAAGUGCGCUUCAGAUUGUAUCUUUGCGCCUUAUUUUUGCUCGGAGCAAGGCCCUGCAAGAUUUGCAGCCAUUCACAAGGUGUUUGGUGCUAGCAAUGUAUCCAAACUUUUGCUACACGUCCCGGUUCAUGAUCGGUGUGAGGCUGUUGUCACAAUUGCCUAUGAAGCUCAAGCACGGAUUAGAGACCCCGUUUAUGGAUGUGUAGCCCACAUUUUCGCCUUGCAACAGCAGGUGGCGUGCUUGCAAGCACAAUUGAUGCAAGUGAAGGCUCAGCUGGCUCAAAGCGUGAUCGAUCCGAGGAGAAUCGAGAAUCAGUGUCCAGGGAAUGGGGUGCCAGUGGUUCCAAAUUAUCCAAUUUACAUGAAUCACAUUUCCCCUCAGAGCUCACUGGAGUCAAUUAACCACAGCAAUGAUGGGAUGAACAUGCAAGAAAUACAAAGCAGAGAGGAUUGCUCAUUCCAACCUUAUUCUAAGAAAAGACCAUAUAACAAUCAUGACUUGGGUGAGCUUCAGGAACUGGCCCUCAGAAUGAUGAGGAACUAAUUCCAUAAUUUCUCUUUGAAGCGAUAUGAUCAUGUUGAUGUUGAUAAUGAGGAUGAGGAUGGUCUGUGUCCAAAUUCUGUAUAUACUAAGACUAUCUAAGAAACUUGGAAUGAGUGGUGGCCUAAAAUAGGCAUAUCCUCUUUCCUCGUUCUUUUUGUCUUCCAAUCAACAGAAUUGAUUUCAACCA